GAGUCUUUGAACAGAAGGAACGGGGGAACAGAACCAAUAUGGAGUAAGUGGGAUGUGAAGAUCUGCGUUGUCUUUUAAAUAUUGAUUUGUGGUGAAUAGGGUGAACGAAAUGUUCUCGCCGAAAGAAUUAAUCGAGCUUUCAAUCGUGCGGGGAAUUUCAUCGGAUGUAAAUAAUGCUCUCAUGGUGUAAAACCGAGAUCCUCAUGGCGCACGCAAGUUGUACCAUUGGAUUUGCAGAUGUGAAAGCGAGAAGACUGUCUGCAGUUUGUCAUGACUGUGUUUCAAAAGGGCGAGACCUGAGCUUUGAAGUUUUAUAAGAACGAUGGAAAAAUGGAUGCAAAAGGAGUUAUGAAAAAAACAGUAGAUUUGAUCUGGUAAAAUUACUUGGAAUCGUAUUAGGUGUUGGGAAUGUGAAAUGGACUCCCCGCCGUCAUGCUCGCUAAGUGCCACUGGGCCACUGAGUGAUCUGGGCAGCAGUGGACUUGGAGGUUCGAUAUCCAGUGAUUCUGUGCGAGCACAUCUUGCCAUUGAGAUGUUGGAGAGCGACGUGGAAAGUAAAUCGUUAUCCCAAGAUUCGUUUGAUUAUUCCGAUGGUAUGUGCGGCGAGAAUUUCAACACUUUAAAAAAGGGACCCGGCUGGGCAGAGAUGGACGGUAAAUUGGAGGUGGAGGUUGUCGAGUUGGCGAUCAAACCUCCGCCUGAAUUCCAAGACAGCCCGUCUCCACCUGACUCCGUUGCAUCGGCAGCGCCUAUUCUUUGUUACGCCCGUUCAGCGAGAUGCCCAGCGCCUCGAUGGAUGGAUAAAAUGGCUGAAAUGUUGACGCAGCUGAUAAUGGAAGAAGCUCUAGUCAUAUCAUGCAGGAUAUCCUGGCCCGAAGGCCGGAUAGCGCCAGGGUCAAACCCCGUGCCGAUAGUAGCAACAAGUGCGCAAACCUCUCGUCUACUUUGGACGUCGGAUAUGCUGACUUUUUCACCGCCGUGUCAAGGAUCGGUGGCAAUAACGCCGUACAGCACGUUGAAUCGUCCGAACUCUCGCUGCUCUCUAUCGUCUUCGCGCUUGUCCAGUUCUCACAACUCGUUAAAUACCUCAGGAUUAAACCACAAAGUGGACGAUAGUAGUUUCAUAACGUCGGCAAUGUCUCACGACGUUUUAACGACUAGUGAAAUAAGUGAUAUGUACAACGUGCCGUUUGACUCCGAUAUUUAUACCGUGCCGAUAGACAUGGUGCGACCUUUGCACGAACUUAGAACUCCUCAGAGACCGAAAAGGCACAGGCACCACAGAAAGAGGCGGAGAAACGUAUCGGCCAGUUCCCAGAGCGAAUUAGAAGCGCACAUUCAACAGGCAAGGCAGUAUUGCGCAAAACCGCGCGCCAUCACCCACGUCAUUAAAUCGCAGCGAUUACUGACAGAAGUUUGUUGCAAAGACGCAGCCAACGGAAAGCGGCACAGCGUUCCGGGGACUUCGGGUCGUCAUCCGCCUCACUCGUCCAACAGCCAGGCGCAUAAUAUCGGCGAACCUAUUCACAUGACGCUACACGAAGUGCGACAGUAUUUGCAAACGUUAUAUUCAAGCUCCAGUGAUUCUAGUGAAAAUAAAAUAAAACGUGAUAAAAUACCUGCGAGUCAAACACCUAUACAUCUAGCAGUGCCAAAGGGUAUUAAUAUUAAUAUUAACAAUAACAAUAGAUAUAGCAAUCCACAUACGGACUCGUUGACGGAUACACCAAUUUCUAAUAAACCGAACAACGGUCUAGUUAAUAAUAAUAAUAACAACUCUAAUUUUAGAAAGUAUAAAAAACAAAACGCGUUCGCCAAUAUGAGAAAUAAAAAGGUCAAAGACGAACAGCAGAAGGAUAAGUCUGACACGGAAAGGGAAAAGAUUAAGAAGUCGCAGCGCAACUUUUCCUUAAAUUUAAAACAAACCCUUUGUAAUAUCUUUAGGUUUAGGCGACUCGGCUCGCCUGAACAUUUUGUAGGUAAACGAAAUAGCAUCGUACAAGGUGAUAUCGUUGAGGAGGAGGAGGGCAUCGACUCCGAUCAACAUAUCAAUAACAAUAAUACCACCACUACCGAGGUUGACGGGGCUCCGCAAAAGUUACCUUUUUUUAAACGCGCGCUACCUCCUCUGCCUAAAAGCAACGGACAAGUCGGAGUAGAACAAGCUGAGGAUGCGCUCGCAGCGAUGGUUGCCAAACCCGAGUCUCCGGCUCCUUCGCCUCUGGUGCCCAUUGAUCCGUUGAAAGACGACGAUGAUAUCGCCGAAGAUACAAGCAUGGAUUUCGCUGCUAGUAUUGAAAAAGUGAAGGAUUAUGGCUGGUAUUGGGGACCGAUAUCUGGGGAAGCAGCUGAGAAAAUAUUAUCCAACGAACCGGAUGGAUCAUUCAUUGUACGCGACAGCAGCGAUGACCAUUACAUUUUUUCAUUGUCGUUUAGACUAAACAGUUGCGUCAGGCAUGUUCGAAUAGAACAUGAUCAGGGUAACUUCAGUUUUGGCAGCUGUACCAAAUUCAAGUCGCACACAAUUGUCGAUUUCAUCGAGAAUGCGGUAGAACACUCACGCAGUGGGCGUUAUCUGUUUUUUCUUCAUCGACGACCUGUGUUAGGUCCCAUGCGUGUACAACUCCUUCAUCCUGUGUCGAGGUUCAAACAAGUUCAAAGCUUGCAACACAUAUGCAGAUUUGUUAUAUUAAAAAUGGUGCGCAGGGAUCUAAUUCCCACCCUGCCUUUGCCUCGUCGCCUCAUUGACUACCUAAGCACGCCGCAUUACUACAGCGAACAGCUUGCCGAACAAGACGAUCGCGCCGAAUCACCAGUCAGUUCUUCGACCGGCGAAUUAGAGAAGAUUUGUUUUACACCGCAGGCUUUAUCGUGAGACUUUGCCAGAAACUUCUUACCGAGGAAAAAAAUUUAACUCCAACAAGCCUUCUCGUAACAAAAAUUAAAUCUGUGUUCAGCAGCUAAAGCUAUGCUGAGGAUUCGCGAUUAAUUUUUUUUUUCCUUUCUGCCAUACG